CUCAAUCGUAUACACAAGACCAUGUUUGGUUUGCCGUUGAAUGCGCUUCAACCAACUGCAGGCGCUUUGCCAGUGGUACAAUUUGUCGGACGGCCGGCAUGGAAAUCAACACUGCAGCAGCAGGCGCUCCCCAGGUUCCAACGGCUUCGUCGAGGUGGUAGACGUUCUUUGCAAGACAGCAAGGUGGCUGACACCACGGAACAGCUUUUGGAGGCCUGGCAAUUGCUUCCAGAUGGACGUUUCCGCGGAAAGCUGAGGUCGGGCCUCACUGUGGAGUUUCAGGGCGAGUUGGUGGGGCCUGAGGAUCCUGGUGUGGUGAUCGGUCCUCGGGGCACCCGGUACGUCUUGGGGGAGGCAGAGAAGCGUCGCGAAGAUGCUGCUGAGCUGUCAGAAGUUGCACUUCAGAGCUCAGGACUUUGGCAGGUGGCAGCAGCCGCUGUGGCUGCUGUGGCUGCUUAUUUGGUCUUGCCCGCGAUGAUGCAAGCAUCUCCUUUGGCAUCCUUCACCUCCACCAGUGCUCCAGUGACUCGCACCAAUGUGACCAUUGUUGAGACGAAAAAGACCUUGCCAGACGGCUCCACUGCCAAGAUCAGUGAGAGAACUGUGAGGAGGGAACGAAAUGUACCUGGCAAAGCUCCAGUGGUGACGGAACGGACUACCCGGACGGAGAAGGCAGGAAAAGAUCUGGCAAAACAAACUGCUGAGGCCUGA